AUGCCUUCUCCCCUUGCCGCAAUCACCUUCCUGCUUGCCCUCAGCAUCAACAUCAAUCUCACAUCCGCUGCACACGCUGGCUUCCACGUCCAGUUCCCAUGGAUGUCCCGCGGUCCAAACCCCAGGACCCGGUCACAGGUUGAUAGGUAUAACCCUUUCUGCAGGGAGAUAGUGCAUAAUCCUCAACGGUACUCCCGCCGCUCCCGCAGUUUCCUCUCCUUCUCCGGCCAUCCUGGGGACCUUGUGACGGCGCUCUAUACACGACAUAGAGUGCCGAGAAAGAGAGACGACUUCCCCUACAUCAUCCUGCAGGAUGUGCCUAUCCAGGCUUCGGGGCAGCUGUGUGUGAACGUCACGAUACCAUUCCAGACCAAGCUCGACGAGAUGGGAGUCAUGUACUUUGAGGCGAGGGAUCCCAGGACGGGGAGUGUGCAAUACCAUUGCUCCGACGUCAAGAUGGCUGACAUACAGGCUCUUCCGGAGGAUCACCCAGCUAUGUGUGCGGCCAACAACGAGACACUUAUCCCGAUGCCGGAUGAGUACCUGUAGAUGCAGGCUAGAGAACUGUCAUGUCCUGCAAUUAGGCCCGGCACUUCUCCCAGUGCAACUUCUGCC